UGCAGCACAGUGAACGCCGCAGCACAGGACCAGCAUGCUCUCAGCUCGCCACACUGCCGUCCUCCUGCAGCUCCUCCACCUGGUGUGGUCCGUCACAGAUGGAAGCAGCUCCUCCGGCACGCCACCGGCUCCGCUCGUUCCCGCUCGGCCGCCCAGGACAAAGAACGGGCCGCGCCGGGCGGAGCAGGUGGAGCUGCUGAAGCUGGUGAAGCCCGGUGCCAUGAACCUCUCCUGUGUCCUGGACGACUUCCUCGGCGCGACGCCGGACACAAUCCGCGUGUCCUGGGAGAGGGACGGAGUGGAAAUAGCGCAGUCAGAGGUCACCGUACAGCGGGCCGAUGGCAGAUACAGCCUGAGGAAAGAGUUCUUCAUCGAGCGCCCGGGGAACUACUCCUGCAUUUUCCGCAACGACACACAGGAGGUUACAAAAGCAUUCCUGGUCACCGCUCCCGCCAUGAAGGAGGUGCGAGACAAACCGGUUGUGGGUUACGUGAGAGACUCGGUCGUGCUCACCUGCAAGAUCCAUCCCGCCCCGCCGGCCUGGCAGUGGUACAAAGUCAACGGCAGCGAGAAGGACGCGGUCAACACGACUGCUGAACCACCACGGUACAAGGUCACUGAUAAGGGUGAAGAGGUGGCCCUCACGGUGAUGAACCUUACUGAGGAAGAUUCUGGCUCUUACCUGUGCGUGGCGCUGUACCUCAUCGCGCCUGCCGAGGGGGCGGUCCACCUGAGAGUCAUCACCUUCGUGGAGCCCCUCAAACCGUUCCUGGCCAUCAUGACCGAGGUGCUGCUCCUGGUGUCGCUCAUCGUGGCGUGCGAGCUGCGUGGGAGGACGAGGGCGGCACAGGCCACCGCCACGGCCGGCCCUGAGAACGGAAGAAACGUCAGCGGAGGCGAGAAAGCGUGGCCAGAGGAAAGCAACGGGGUGGAGGAAGCAGCAACGAGACAGAGAAAAGCCUGAGCUGCUUUCCACACACCUGCGGGACGUUCCUCGAACACCUGCACGCGGGGGGUCCCAGCUGGCCCGGUCUCUCCUCUCUGUGCGCGCCUUGGUGUACCCAUGUACAGCUACAGUAAAACCCAGUAAAA